AUCCCCUCUGCUAGGGUUUCUAUUUUAGCCCUAAAACCCACACACGUUAUUCUACUCAAUUAUUCUGGAAAAAAAAGCGAUUCAUCAAAGAAAAAACAAGUCCCAAUCUAGGCAUUUUGAUUGUUAAACUCGAUGGCUGGAAAAGAUUCUGACUACCGUAUAUUUGUCGGAGGGCUAUCAUGGGACGUUACUGAGCGCCAGCUUGAAGGCGCCUUUGGUCGUUUCGGAAAAAUUAUCGACUCUCAGAUAAUGCUUGAAAGAGACACCGGGCGUCCACGUGGAUUCGGGUUCAUAACAUUUUCAGACCGUAGAGGCAUGGAAGAUGCAAUCAGAGAAAUGCAUGGAAGUGAUCUUGGGGAACGAGUCAUCUCCGUCAACAAGGCUCAGCCUAAAAUGGGCGGUGAUGAGGCGGCAGAUCACGGUUACGGUGGAGGCUAUCCGUCGUCAGGCGGUAGAGGUGGUGACAGAUCUAUGGGACAGGACGAGUGCUUCAAGUGUGGCCGCUCAGGACACUGGGCCCGUGAUUGCCCUUCAGCAGGCGGUGGCGGUGGUGGUGGUGGCCGGUUCUCUUCCCGCCCCAGGUUUGGUGGUGGCUAUGCAGACCGUGAACGUUAUGUGGAUGAUGGAGGGCGUUUUGGGGAUAGAGACCGCUAUGAUAGUCGAGAUAGCAAGUAUGUUGGAAGCCGCAGUCGGUAUUCUAAUGAUAGGUACUCACCAAGUGGAGGUGGAGAUCGGUUUGGAGGCGAUAGAUAUGGAGUCCCGGAACGUUACCCACCACCACCACCACCACCGCCACAGAGCGGGUAUGGCAGGGAGAGAGACUAUGAUCGGGAAGUUGUCCCAAGGAGGAGCAGUGACAGAUAUGGUGGUGGUGGUGGUGGACCUGCACGUUAUGAAGGAAGAAACUAUAGGGAUAGAGCUGGUCCAUAUGACCGGCCCAGAAGGGGAGGUGGCCGGCCAUCUUCUUUUGACUACUGAAAAGUUUUCUUGUUAUCUGAUAUGCUCAACGAUGAAACCUUUUAUCCAUCCGCUUUUGAGAUUGGGUUAGUUAGUUUGUGAAUCAUUCUCAUCUCAGUUGAGGUGGUUAAUAAAACCUUGUGCCACUUUUUCUUCUACUAAUUUAUUUUCAGUCGGCUCCUAAAAGUAAAUUAUUAUUUCAU